AUGGUACCUUUUUGGGGUCGAUGUCCUGCAAGACAAGUGAUAAAAUCCAAGCCAAAUCCUUGUGGGAUUAAAAUUUUUGUUGCAGCUGCUCCAGAUGGAUUACCUCUAGAUUUCUUUUUUUACAAUGGCAAGGGUGACCCGAUUGUAGAAGAUCCAUCCUGUUCCAGACUUAACAUUGGUGGUAAGGCAGUCAUGAAGCUGCUGAGAACUUUCCCGCAGGGGGUUUCAGUUUACAUGGAUAGGUACUUUACAUCCGAGGAACUACUAGACUUGCUCCACUCAGAACGAGAGGCAACAGGAACCGGUACACUCCAAAAACAGAGAAUCCCCCCUAAUUCCAAAUUGAAAGAGGAUAAAAUAAUGAAGAGAGAGGGCAGAGGGUCUGUGGACCAGAGUGUAAGGUCAGAUGGGCAGAUAAGUGUGGUGAAAUGGUUUGACAACAAGCCAGUACUGCUCAUAUCAAGUAAAGAGGGCGCUGAACCCAUUGAAACAUGCAGAAGAUGGUGUAGAAAAAGAAGAGUUUUCGUUGAGGUGAACAGACCUUUAGUUGUACGACAGUACAACUCACAAAUGGGAGGUGUGGACUUUUUGGACCGCUUAAUAAGCUAUUACCGCAUUUCAGCUAGGACUAGCAAGUGGACGGUAAGACUAAUCAUGCAUUUCUUUGAUUUUGCAAUCGCUGCGGGGUGGAUUGAGUACCGCCGGGAUCAGCGUGCCCUGGGUACAUCAAAAAAGGAUAUGCUAGAUUUAAUGGGCUUCAAAAGAGAGUACGCUGAGUUCCUGAUUCACGGACAUGUUGGUGAGGGAACUGAUGACAGUGACCCUGACUAUGUCUGCUCUAUACCCCCUCCAAGGAAGCAACCAAGAGUUGCACAUCCACCAGAUGCACUGCGAACCAAAAAUGUUCUCCACUUACCGGAAAUUCCUACCCCUGCUAAGAAGAACCGCUGUAGAUUCCCAGGAUGUAACUCAAAUGGUGCGAGAGUUCAGUGCGCAACAUGCAAGGUCUACUUGUGUCUACAGGAAAACCGAAAUUGCUUCAAAGCGUACCACGAGCUUUGA